CUCGACGCCAUGAAGGAGAUUGAGUGAAGUUCUUAAGUCAGAUUAUCACAGACGAUGUUCCAUACGAAGGGCGUCAGUACAUCACUCAUCAUGCAUGUAUAUCGUCAUCCUAAGUUGGAAGUAUACCUUCUGGUGGUAUGCACCAUAGCAAAGUAUAGUGUAGCAAGGGCUAUUCCGGAAGUGGAAGUGGACAUUCGGCAUGCACAAAGGUUUUUAAACCUGAAAUCAGACGUGUGCCACCCAGAAACCUUCAGUCAUACUCCAAACUAUAUUUGCUGCUCGGGUCGAAUUCUGCCGGUCGACCAUCCAAAACUGAAAUGUCUCCACGGCAAACCGUUCAAGCGCACAAGGACGAAGAUAAAGUGUGGACCGAAAGCCCAGCUGCUUAGCAAAUACGGCAAGAAGUAUGGAUGCUGCAAGGACCAGCGGUAUAAAAGAUCCCACCUUCUGUGUCACAGGGGAAACACUUAUAAACCCCUAAAGAUUCCAUGUUUGCCGGGCUUUCAACCCAGUGAUAUAUUACUGUCAGAAAGUCGCGAGCCUACCUAUACCUGCCAGCCAUGCCCUACCGGUUUAUUCUCUGCUUAUUUCGGAAUGGAGAAAUGCCUUACAUGUACUAGUUGUGAGCAUGUGAUCACGGAGUGCCUGCCAGAUCGGGACAGCGAGUGUAAAGACAACUUUGAAUAUGAAGUCAGGAAUCUCUGCCAGGGUAAAAAAUGCAGUACUUGGAAAGGCAAACGACGUAAGAUGGGUUAUGCAAAAAACCUAAAAAGGCCGUUGAAAGUAGACGUGGAAAGCGUUCUAACCUCUUCCAGAGAAGCAACCUCUAACUUGUGGACAAAUUCAGCAUCCAUUAGGCCAUCACCGCUUGCUGCCUCUACCGCGACACCGCCACAGUCUGCAAGGUGCUGCGAUUUUAACGCCACGCGUCUCAAACCUUACGAGGAAAACUCCACGUUGUCCAAUGGCAUCGAUUUGGACGAAAAAGAAUCUCUCAGGCACACAAGAUUGUUAUAUUUCGUCCCUAUCGUCGUCAUCGUAUUAGUGCUUGCAUUCUCUGUCAUUCUGCUAUUAGUCUUCGGACUUUUUAGAAAAGGAUCAAAGAGGUACUCAAAACCACCAGAAAUAAAUGAAGCAGCAGAUACUGCCGCCGCCAACAAUGAUGCAUAUUGCGCCUUGUUACAGGAAGAUGCUUCAUGUUGCCAUAUCUUACCAGAUGACCCUGUAUCAAACACAAAUUGUUUAGUUUCCAUGAGUUACAGUACAGCCAGCGUGCAGCAACACUCUCAGGCACCUCUAAUCCGUGCUACUCAAGGCCACAGACGAUGUCACUCUGAACCUUUUGCAACAAAAGGGCCACCAAUUAGUCAUCCGUAUGCAAACGUUUCUGAAUCAGAAGCUUGCCAGAAGAGAUGGCCAGAUGUUAUGGACUUGGCUUUUCCAAGAUGCUCAAACAAACCAGAAAAUGCCAGUCUGAGCAAUUGGUCGAAGACAUUCCAUUCUCUUCCAAGUUUGUUAAAUGUGAUGAAAGGAAGCUGUCGUUUAGCGUCUGUUGAUAACGCCAUCAGUGAACCUUUAGAGUUCUGGAAGUUUUUACCGUCACUAAUUAAACAAUUUGAGAAGUCUGUCUCGUAUUGUGAUAUGAAUGCCACGGAUUGCCUCGUCAGGGAUCAGUUCACUCAAACAUCGAUAAAGAAAACAAAUCGUCGAAAUAUCUUGGGUGGAGAGUGGGACAGAGGAGCAAGUUUUGAUCACAAUGGCGGCAGUUUGCCAAAAGCCGGAUCAGCCGUCAACUUGACGGUCCCUCCAGGAGCCGUCGAUGCCGGUAUGGCGGUGAAAAUUCAUGGCAAGGUCUUCACAAAUCUCGACAGAUUCGUUCAACUUUUCAAGCUUCGGCAAGGUGAAAAGUUUGUUUCUCCAGUCGUAGAAUUUGUUGAAAAUCAGCGAUUCCAGUUUCAUCGUCACUUGGUUAUAAUGAUACCGGUAUCACAAUACGAUCUUGACGACAGCACAUUCCGAGUACUUUGCAUCCCUGGGGAUGGAGAUAUGUCUGUGACGUCAGUACCGCGUCACACACGACGUCACCCACCAAGUCAUGAAGCCGAACCUGACGUUUACUAUGAUGUCAUAGAAGAAGGUUUUGUACAUGUCUACACAAAGCACUUCACAGCCUUUGCCUGCAGUUCGUGUAGCAGAGACAAGAUAUACCUAGAGGGCGUGGUGAUGAGCCGGACCAGAACUUUGGGCGACAGCCUAAUCGAAGUGACAAUACGUCUCUUCAUUUGCGACAAGCUACACCUUAUAAAAGAUUUUCUCACGGAAUUAGAAGAGAACCAACGGAAGUUUGAAUUUCAAACGGUGGACGCAAAAACAAUUCAGCUGCAUGAAACGGUUGAUAAAAAUGACGAGUUGUGCACUAACCUUGAAUUGUCAGACAGGUCUCAAGGCAAAUGGAGGCCUAGGACACGAAAUGGUGGACGGUCUAUAUUUGAUAACUCUAAGAAAACAAUAUCCAAUGUGUUAUCGUGUGAGACGCCGUCUGAUUUGCCAGAAAUAGCCGGAGAGUGGACAUACGAAAGCGAAAGCGAGCCUAGCUUUAUUGAAUGCUUCCUGGAUGUGGAGCACUUGUCUCUGACGGUGAAGAAUGCGGUGGUGAUGAGAACCACAUAUGAUAUCGUCAUCAGCUUGGGACCAGCCACUCCAAACCUGUCUCCAACCUCCUGCCAAAAAAACAGCGAGAUUACAUUCAUUAAUUCGCUAGCCAGUGAUUUAGACAUUCGUGAAGCCAGGCGUUUUGCGCGGGAAAUGGGUGUUCCCGAUACCAAGACAGAAUUGGUAUUUAACGACAACUCGGGCGACGGGUUUGAAUGCAAGUACAGGGUGGUCUUAAGCUGUUUUAGGCAACUCGGUCCCAAGGUGUUUCGUCAGAAAUUGCCGGAAGUAUUGACAAUUAUCGGCAGGUUAGACAUGGUACAGACAUUCAGCCACUGUCACUUUUCUCCCAAAGACGAUCCGUCAAGUUCACAAUCGCAUAGAGUUAACACCAAAUUGGAAACGGAUGUAUGAGUUGAUCGCAGUUUUGUCAUCCUAACAACCGGAGGUUAAAGAACAACUCUGCCUACGUAUGCGGUACAUGUCUAAUUUCAACACUUGCACAGUUUAUCUGAACAGCUUGUUCAAUCACUGAACAUUUGUGACUGACAGUUUUGUGUAUAUUUAUGUAUGUCUCUACCAUUUUUUAUCUCGUAUUUUGCAACCCUUAGUGAGCAUUUACACCCCGUAGUUACCUCUGUAGUUACAGUCGACAUUUACCUCUUUAUAUCAGGUAACUAUAUACUAUGCCUCCUUAUAGUCGCCAUUAACCUCUUUUUACCGGAUAAUUUCCUUGUUACACCCGAUAGCUACAUGUAACCAUUAACACACUAUGCGCAUUCUUAACUUCCGGCAAGUCUCAGAAAUCAAACCCGGGUGAGGUCAUACCAAAGCCUUUAAAAAUGGUACUAGGUGCUGCCUCACUUGGCGCUCUCAGUUGGUUAGCGUGCUAGCGCAGCGUAAUGGCCCAGGAGUCUCUCACCAAUGCGGUCGCUGUGAGUUCAAGUCCAGCUCAUGCUGGCUUCCUCUCCGGCGGUAUGUGGGAAGGUCUGUCAGCAACCUGCGGAUGGUCGUGGGUUUCCCCCGGGCUGUGCCCGCUUUCCAUCCACCAUAAUGCUGGCCGCCGUCAUAUAAGUGAAAUAUUCUUGAGUACGGUGUAAAACACCAAUCAAAUCACUUGGCCCUCACUGAGAGGUUAAAGCAGGAAAACAUGACUGGUGGCCCCGGUGACUGGGUGUGGUGUCAUGUCUGCUGUAUUUUGCGUGAUAAUUCAGUGUCGGUAACACUUUGGCGGGAUGCACUCUCCUGCCACAACAAGACGCAUUAUUCCCUAUCAAACCAAAUACUCCGCUUUUUUGUUGCGUACAGAUACGUCGUAGAAUCCAGAAAACGACGUCAAGAGUGUCUGCUGAGUAGGUUAUCCCCCUUUGAUGACGUCCAGCGAUGUAACGAUUCACCUAUAUAUCAGUCUUCUGCACUGAAUUGAUAGGUCUUUGCGGGAUAAAUUCUUUACAUGGUGACUUAGUGAUAAGAUACGCAAAUAUAUGGUGCCAGUAAUCCAUUUAACUAACUAAUGUUCAUACUAGCAAAUCUACAGUUCUAAACCCCCCAUUCGCAUUUUAGUACUUAAAACUGAUGUAGAUAAAAAUUUCUCACACCAUACGCUAACGGCAGACAAACUGUAAAUUUAUGGUUUGGAAAUGGUUGUAAUCCGGCUAUCCUCAAGUAACCGCUUAUUGGUGAUAGUGAUCUUACACAUAUAAGACUGAAAUAGCGAUACAAAUAUGAACAAUAGUUAUUUCCCGUCCUCCAGUGUUGGACAUAUAUACGCUGUAGGUGUACUACUCGCUGCUGAGUAAUGUUACAUACAGACCAUUACUGAACACUAGAGUUAUUCCCCCUCACUUGGAAAACUUUUUAGGAUUACAUUGUCCAUGUAAUUACACAGCUCUCCGUACGCUUAAUUUGCUUAUUAAUGCAUUGGACUUUACCCAAAUAUAUGUUUCAUUACAUGAGUUAUUUUAAGAACAAGAGUGUCUGUUAUAAAUAUUACACAUUGUAUUACAUUGUAUUCACUCUUUAUUGUCGAACAUUGCAUCAUUAAUCGGGUGUGACGCGUGUAAGAUUGGUCAAUGGAAUCUGCUUAUACAUUGUAAACCCACGAACUUAUUUCCAGCAUUUUGUAUCCUGUGCAGUUCUGUUUUAUGCCUUUUUUGACUGAUAAUGGUCAUAAAGCAGCAUUUAUAAAUAUUGUAACCUUAAUGUUUAAAUUCCUCAUAAUCGGUUGAAAAGAAAGGUACACAAACAAUUGCCUGAUAUAGAGGUAUUUGUACUGCGCAUUUGGUAAAUUGCAAAUCAGCCAUUUGGUGGACGUCAAUCAUGUUAACCUGAAGGACGCCCAUAAUACACACGAUUUAUUAAAAUAAGCAUUUCGGUGAAAUGGAAUUCAUGUGGAUAUCAUAAAGAAUUUGAAUCUUUCACACCAAAGAAUAUGUUAAGGCAUUUAAAUUAUGUGUGAUUAUAGUUGUUUGUGUCAUGAUAUAGAACUGUCUCCACCAAAGCAAAUUGGAGCUGAAAUUGUUCAGUGAUGAAGUUUUGUCUUCUUUACCAUCUCCAUAGCAAAUUUUAGAAAAACUUUUUAAAUUAACAUUGUUCAUUGUCCUCUCUCAUGGAAAUAAUGUAUCAAAUGUGCAAGCUUGUAUUUAAUAUUUACUUUGGUGCUAUUUACCAAAAAGAUGAAAAGAUGUAUACAUAAUAAAACUUGAAGACAGUGCUGUUUCUUUGUUAAUUUAUAUUCAGAAGUAUAUAUAUCGAAUGUCAAUGGUACACGCGCCUUCUGUACACAGCAGGAGAGGCAUUCUGAUGUCAGA